UCUUUCUGUCUCUCCUAAUCUUUCUCUCUCAGCUCUCUCUCUCUUUCUCUCUGGUCCUUCUCUAUCACCCCAACACUGUUUCAUACUUGCAGGACAUAAACAAAAUGAAAAAUAUUCCAAGGACAACCUGGUGUACGAGGAGAUAAAGCUGAGGUUUCCAGGCCAAUACAAACAAUAGCUAUUCUCUUCCUGCCCCGUUGUGAGCUUCCAUUGGAUACCCAGACCUCUACCAGAGCAUCAUUAUCAGUCAGACCAGUACAGCCUCCUCCUCUGCCAACUGAAGAACACCUAGUUCUUCCUCCAUUACUGAACAGAGUCAAAUUCAUUUAUUGCCACAAAACCAGAAGUUGGUGGUAUUUGCUCUGAUAGUUGCAUAGUGGCCAGACUGACCACCAUCUUUCCAAAAUGUAUUUUGCGCACUUUGUGAUGAUGCUGGUGCUCUUUGGUUGUUCUCUGGGAAAGUCGUUUGUCCUCCAGCCCUCGGAGAAGGAACCUGCUGCUUCCACUGGCUCUGCAGUCCUCCACCCUGACAGGUGCCAUGGAGAGUUGUUGAAUGGCAUCAGAAAGACCCUUCUUGGAGCCCUCAACCUGCAGCAGGAACCCCAGGUGGCGACUGACAGACUUACUUCCAUCAGAGAGCAAUGGAAGACAGCAUUCUCUGCCAUCUCUCACAAGACCCAGGACAAAGCAGUGGCUGUACCCCAGGCUGAGGGUCCUGCAGCAGACAACAGUAGUGGUCUGAAAUGCUGUCCGCUGGCCUCACAGAUCUUCCUGAAAGAUCUUGGCUGGGACAACUGGGUAAUCUACCCUGAGAGUUUCACCUACGUCCAGUGCUCACCCUGCAACUCCCAACUGGAUCUGAGCCCCUCGCGCUGCCCAUCACUUCACACAUCUCCCCCCGCACAGGACAGCCCCUCAAAGAUGCCGUGCUGCCAGACCACUUCUACAGAGCAUGUGCCCUUCCUCUACAUGGAUGAGUUCAGCACCCUCACCAUCUCCUCUGUGCAGCUCACCCGUGCCUGCGGCCCAGGCAACCCCCAACUGCCGGCUGAGGACUGAUCAUUGACCCCCCCUACCCCAUCCCAGGGAGCCCCCAUCCCAGGGAGCCCCCACCCCAUCCCAGGGAGUCCCCCUACCCCAUCCCCCUCUUCUGCUCAUGAAAUACCUAUAGAGUGGACAUGGUUGCAACAUUCCGGUAAUUAUCCCAAAAUUCCCAGGAUUUCCAGAAUUCCCAUUUCGAAGAUUCCCAGAAUCAAGAAGGAAUUUGCAGGAAAUUCAGAAUCCUCCAAUCAGGAGUUCUGGAAAAUCUGUCAAUUUUGGGAAAAUUACAGGAACUUUGCAACCUUAAAUGUGAAGGUUUUGGCUUGCAGCUUUGUUUUGGCACAUAGCCUACAUUCCAAAAUAGAUUAUGGCUAUUUCCUAGUUAUUUCCUAGUUAAUUUUCAGAAACAUUUGAAUAUUGAAAUAUGUUAAUCUUGAGGAGCAUAAAGAAAAUUGAUAAUUGUGGCUUCAUAGAAUCUCUAGACUAGUUCCCAUAUGAAACCCUGCUCUCCUCUCUUUUCCCAGAAGGGGGAUUUACUGUAAGAAGUAGCUACAUAAAAAAAUAGACCAAGAGAAUCCUGCACAUGCGGAGAAGCUUAGGGACAUUUAGGCGGUCUCAAAAUAAAAAAGGUCUGAGAAAAAUCAGAUCUGCAGCCAACUGACGGCUAUUAGUUCUGGUUGAAGAAACGUUGGCAGUCUUGCUUUAAUGACAUUUCAUAUGUGCUUUGAUGCUAUUUUUAACGACGAUAUUUCACAACCCUGAAGCUCUAGACUGGCAAGGGAUUAAAGCAGUGCUACUCCAUGGGUCCCCACAAAAAGUCCAAAACUAGGUCCACAGCAUUUUCUGGUUUUAGCAGUUGGAUAAAUAUAUACUAUUUUUAUAUUUUCUUUGAGAUACACUAAAUAAAUGUUUUCCUUUUACAUUUACCUCACAUUGUCACCUUUUUCACAAUGUAUUUUCAUCAUAAUAUUUAUCACCACGAUAUGGAAUGUGCCAGAGGUUGUCACAGCUUCACUAACAAGUUUUGGUUAAAAAAAAUGUGGUGAAAUGUGUUAUUGGCAUUGAUCACACAGUUUGAGAAUUUGUAUCAAUUAUAUGUCUAUCUGAUUAAAUUCUUUAAUAAACGCUACUACAAGAA